GAUUUUAGAAGAAAACUAUGAAUACGAUAGAUAUGCCUGAAGUUAGCGAAGAAAACCCAUUCAUCUACGGAAUGUCCAAACAAUUUGUUAAUGCAUUGCAUGAAUUGUUUGAUGUAAUGGACAGCAAUGGUAUGGGUUAUGUUCGGUAUGCAGACAUAGCCACCCAAUGGGAAGAAGACGACUCGGAUCCACUGUUCCCGAAAGGACUUAUCAAUUGUCUAUCCAAAGUGACACUACCUAACGGUCUGUUAACAUUUGACCGUUUUUGUGCCGGAAUCAAGUUAUGUCUACUUAAAAAUCAAGUCGACUUCAGCAGUAAUGAUGAUAACAAUAAUGGUAUUACAACACUGUCGCCAACACCACCACCACCUGCACUGCCUUUGGCUCCUCCGCCACCAUUGCUUCCCAGUCCCGGAUCGACCGAAUCAGUAACACCAACACUGCCUGCACUUCCACCUCCUCCAGUACCUCCUCAUCAAACAUCUCCAGCCCUUCUAGCAAAACCAAUACCUCUGUCUUAUAAUUCAAUGAAAUCAAUACAGACAUCUGCCUCCAAUACACUACCAGAGACAGUGCAUCAGAAAAAGCCAACGGCUUCCGUAACACCUGUUCCUCCACAACAACCUCCACCACAUGUUUUGCAUAAUAAAAAUGGUGCAAACAGUGAUUAUAAUAGUUCCGAUAGCUCAUCCACUACUAACUACCAGAGAGCUAAAAGUAUGCCUCAGUUGAUGAUCAAAACAAAUGGUGAUUCAAAUGGUGGUAUAAAUUGUGGGACAAAUGGUGAAAUUCGCAAUAUUAAAAGUGAUGCCAAACUUGUCCAAAGAGAUGUCAAUGUAAUCAAUGGUCAGAAUAAUGCCAAGAAUCGUCAGAUUCGUUCGCCAAUUCAAUCGGUAAAAGCAUUGUCCAAAAGUUGUAUUAUGAAGACAUUGCAGAACUGGAAGGAGAAUAUGUUGGGUAAACAAGUACUGGAAUUGGAAAGAUUGAGUUCGGGUUCGGGUUCUGGUGGCAGCAAUAAAGAUAAUAUAUUGCCAGCUAAUGGUGCCAACAACGGUGCCUCAGACACUCCUCGCAGCAAUAAAUAUCAACAAUUGGUACCAUUUCUACCUCCGCCGCAGAAUAUUCAGCCAAAUGGACCGGCAAUGAGAAGGGCAGCUAAUAAACGACGAGAACCAAGAAGGCAUACGGUUGGAUCAAAUGGAAUUGAUUUCAAUUCAAUAAGACGUAUUCAACAGUUGGAACAGGAAAGGAGUAUCUUCUUUCAGGGUUUGGAAGGUAUCGAUAGGGCCAGGGACUGGUAUCUGAGGCAAAUUGCAAUCAUCCAGGACAAGAUCAGCUAUGUGACCAAAGUUGGUACACAUCCGGCCGACUAUACACUGGAUGCCUAUCAGGAGCGGAUCAACUUUCAGGCCGCAAGAAUCAUGAAUAUUAAUCAACACUUAUCGACACUUUACGACAAUGAAAGAGGAUUUCCAAUACACAUGAAUCUGGCUAUUCGUCCAAUUAGUGCACAGAUGACUAUUAAUGGCCGAUAUAAUGAUCCCAAUCGACAGCAACAGUUUGUUGUUAAUCCCAAUGUUGUCAAUCGACUCCGAGAUCAGAAUCGAUUGCUUACCGAUGAGGUCAGCAAAAAGUGCGAACGAAUUACACAAUUAGAACGGGAAAAGUCGGCACUAAUUCGCGAAUUGUUUCAGUCGAGGACACAGACCAUCAAUAAGGUUAAGACGGAUACCGACGACACAACUUUCAUGUAAUUAACGAUAAACUUUUAUAAGACUUUAUUCAUCAACUUUCGUCGACAAAUACAACAACAAACUUAUUGUAAAAAAAUUUAAUAAUUAUUUAAUUUAAGUUAUUGUAAUUAUAUAAUCUAAA